AUUUCUCGAUGAUGACUUGGUGUCACCGUAUAUAUUCAUGAAGGAAGGGCCGAUUUAAUCAGUUGAUACACUGAGUUGCGACAUUCAUUCAUACUUACUGAAAAACUCGUUACAAUAAUUCAAAUAUGUUUUGGAGUGCAGUGAUUGCGCUGUCCUCUUUGGUGGCCUACGCACAUGGUCACGGCCGGUUGGUGGAACCAGCAAACAGAGCCUCCCUCUGGCGUACUGGCUUAUACUCCGACGCACCAGCCAACUACGACGAUGACGGUCUCAACUGCGGCGGUUUCUACCACCAGUAUUCUGUUAAUGGAGGACGAUGCGGUAUCUGUGGUGAUGCCUACGACAGCGCGCAGCCCCGCGCUCACGAGUUAGGUGGCAAAUACGGCCAAGGUCACAUUGUCGCUGCUUACGAACAGGGCCAAGUCAUCAGCACCAAAGUCUACAUCAGCGCUUACCAUCAGGGAUACUGGGAGUUCAGGCUCUGUCUGGAUCCUAGCGACAGUACACAGGAAUGCUUCGCUGACUACCUCUUAGAGUUAGAAGAAGGUGGAACCAAAUACUACCCAACUGGAAACGGUUACUAUGAUGUCAACUACCGUCUGCCUUCGAAUGUCGUGUGUGAGCACUGCGUUCUGCAGUGGAAGUACACUGCUGGCAACAACUGGGGCGUGUGUGCUGACGGCUCGGGGGCUCUGGGCUGCGGCAACCAGGAGAACUUCUUCUCUUGCUCAGAUAUCAGCAUUAAGGGCAGUGAAAGUAUUCCUGUAGACGUGCCAAUUGUCAAUUUGAAAGGUGAGGUUAACCCCUAAAUGUUAUAGCGAAAACCUGAUCUUAGUAUCACUGUACGAAGACGUCUUUGGCAAUUUUGAUAUACAAAGUCUCUUUAUCUAAAAUCUUCAUUUAUGGAUCAGUUUUCCGUGAGAUCUCUUACGACGGUUGUGAAAAUAGGUACAAAGAUUUUGUCUAUUAUUUAUUAAUUAAUGCCAUAAAUUAUGUUAAGUUUUGUUAUAAAUUAUUUUCUGUACCAGUCUAUUCUUUAAUAGGCAAUUUUAAAUAAAAAUUUAGAAUUUUAUGUAGC